UGACUGCGACUCGACUAAACUCUAUGACUAAACUGGUGGCAACUUUAUGUAGCGCCCUCUAUCGGCCUCUUUUGCCCUUGAUUCACGGAAAGCCUUAAAACAGGCAAGAUGGGGCGACGACCAGCAAGAUGUUAUCGCUACUGCAAGAACAAGCCAUACCCAAAGUCAAGGUUUUGCCGUGGUGUCCCAGACUCCAAGCUGCGCAUCUAUGACUUGGGCCGCAAGAAGGCUCGCGUGGACGACUUCCCCCUGUGCAUCCACCUGGUCUCUGGCGAGUUUGAGCAGCUCUCAUCGGAGGCCCUGGAGGCUGGCCGCAUCUGCGCCAACAAGUACAUGGUCAAGCACUGCGGCAAGGACUCCUUCCACAUCCGGAUCCGUCUGCACCCGUUCCACGUCGUGCGCAUCAACAAAAUGUUGUCGUGUGCUGGGGCCGAUAGGCUCCAGACUGGAAUGAGGGGAGCCUUUGGCAAGCCUCAGGGCACCGUGGCCCGCGUCCGCAUCGGCCAGACUAUCCUGUCCAUCCGCACCAAGGACAGCAACAAGGCCUCUGCCAUUGAGGCCUUCCGCCGAGCCAAGUUCAAGUUCCCAGGUAGACAGAAGAUCUUCAUCUCCGAGAAAUGGGGUUUCACCAAGUACACCCGGGAGAAGUUCGAGGAGCUGCGCAGCGAAGGUCGCUUCAUCCCAGACGGCGUCGGCGUGCAGUACCUGCCCAACUACGGUCCUCUCGCACGCUGGAAGCAGUACCAGUCAUAAAAACACAGAGUUGCCAGGCACUAAAGAGGGUGCGGCGACGCCCACAAUUUCCUGAACCCGGCUUUAGCACCUUCCUUCAAAAACAUCCGUUUUGGUGGACUUGGUCAAAGAAUUGAUGUGCCAGACUUGUCUGGUGGGAGUCGACCAUUUUUUUUGGUUGUCACACAUUUAUUCGACUAAAUUUGUUUUGGGUGGACGUCUCAUUGCCAAAAUAAUGAAAGUUGUUUAGAAAUGCAUCAGAAAGAAAAAUCUUUAUGUUCGUGAACAGAAUAAAGACCUAAGUGGAACUCAAGCUUGAA